GACCAAGGGGGAGGUGCCCGGCCGCUUCUCCCGCGUCCGCCAUUUUGUUGCUGUGGCUAUUGGGAGCGGGCUGGGUAAGACGGCCCGGGAGGCGCGACUCUAGUUGGAGUGCGGUACUUCGUGUGACGGCGAGGAUCGGUGCGGGCUCUUGAGGCUGCGGAGCCGGCGGGUUCCAGGACAGAAGUCACUGGAGCGUCCCCUGUACUCCGGACAGCUGAGAAGCCCGGAGGCGGCCUCUGCUACAGCUCCGCUUCGCCCACUUCGACCCCGAGGCUUUGCCCAGUGUUCCCGGACCGACUCUCCGUGAGGCGGCCCGGUGCAGGAGGGCGGUGCGGAGGAUGCUGCGGGGCCCGGAGCCUAGAGGAUCGUCCUGACCAAACCCUCUGAUUGUUCCUCGAAGUGUUCGAGAGGCCCUUCCUCGACCCCAAAGCCGACAGCGGGUAAAGGCUUCCCGAGUAAGCAAGAGCAGCAGACGCCGCCCAUCCCCGGGCCCAACACCAUGUCCUCCGCCAGGUUUGAUUCUUCAGAUCGCUCUGCCUGGUACGUGGGGGCACUGACUCGCCAGGAGGCGCAGACCCGUCUCCAGGGCCAACGCCAUGGCGUGUUCCUAGUCCGGGACUCAUCUACCUGCCCCGGGGACUAUGUACUGUCGGUGUCUGAGAACUCGCGUGUCUCGCACUACAUCAUCAACUCCCUGCCCAACCGCCGCUUUAAGAUCGGGGACCAGGAGUUUGACCAUUUGCCGGCCUUGCUGGAGUUCUACAAGAUCCAUUACCUGGACACUACCACCUUAAUCGAACCGGCACCCAGGUACCCAAGCCCACCAAUGGGUUCUGUCUCAGCUUCCAACUUAUCUACAGCAGAAGAGAAUCUGGAAUAUGUAAGGACUCUGUAUGAUUUUCCUGGGAAUGAUGCUGAAGACCUACCAUUUAAAAAGGGUGAGCUUCUGGUGAUAAUAGAAAAGCCUGAAGAGCAGUGGUGGAGUGCCCGCAACAAGGACGGCCGGGUUGGGAUGAUUCCUGUCCCUUACGUUGAAAAGCUUGUAAGGUCCUCGCCACAUGGGAAGCAUGGAAAUAGGAAUUCAAACAGUUAUGGCAUCCCAGAACCUGCUCAUGCCUAUGCUCAACCUCAGACCACAGCUCCUCUACCUGCAGUCGCCAGUGCUCCUGGGGCAGCGAUCAACCCUUUGCCAUCCACACAGAAUGGACCUGUCUUUGCAAAAGCAAUCCAGAAGAGAGUACCUUGUGCUUAUGACAAGACUGCCUUGGCAUUGGAGGUUGGUGACAUUGUGAAAGUCACAAGGAUGAAUAUCAAUGGCCAAUGGGAAGGCGAGGUGAAUGGGCGCAAGGGGCUUUUCCCCUUCACACAUGUUAAAAUCUUUGAUCCUCAGAACCCUGAUGACAACGAGUGAUUGCUAUGCUGUCUCUGCUGCUGCCUCCUCCUGCCUGUCAGUCUCCUUUGAAGUGGGAAGUACUCUGUCACAUGCAAGUUACACCGAGCUGCGCAUUCGGAAUGCCUCAGCAGCCGCCUCCCUUGGCAUUUGUAUCAUAGUCAUGCUGUCAAAGAGUAGCUGAUCUUAGAGCUUGUGGAUUAUGAACUGGAAACCCUGGUGGAAGCACACGAUAGAGAGAGUUUAGCCCAGAAUGGCUCUUCCUUCUCAUCACUGCCUUGUUUGUGCUGGGGGCUGACUGUCGUGCUCACCGUAGAGAGAGAGCCUGCUGAUGGUCUGCAUGGAGAUGGCGAGCCUUGGCACAAUCUCGCUGUUGCUGGUCCGCAGAACAGUGGCUUCGCCACCAACUUGAUUUUCUUUGGACAACAGAGGAAGUAAUACUCCAGACAAUUCUAUCCCGAACUCUUGAAGUCUGGAUUGUUUUCAUUUUCUUUGGUUUAGUUUUGUUUUUGGAAGACUAACUAAUUAUAGUUGUGUGUUCUGAACAGAUUUUUAAAUAGCAGGUUGGAUUUUUGUGAUGGUCUAAGGAACAAUCCAUGUCCCUGAGCUUCCAAACUGAAGCCAUUGUACGUAACUAAAAAUAUGAAAAGACCCCCUGAAGUAGAGGCCUUUAGCUUUUGGUUGCCACAGUACCUUGUUUCCCAUGUGGCAGACAGUGCACACAACCAGCAGUCACGGUGUGCUGGGCACUGUGAAGCACAAAGGUGGAGCGGGGGCCUAUUGCAGACAUGGUGGGCCUCUGCAGUGAGCACGCGCCUUUGAGAACGUAGUGAAGUCUGAGGGCCUACAAGAUUCAUGAGCUAAAAUCAUUGCUGUGUUCCACCACAAAGCGCUCAGCCCUUCCUGUGCAGACCUGGCUUGUCCAGACAGCUUGAGAGUGGAGCCUGCUGUGAUUCGCCGCCUGAGUAGAACAGAAUACAGUGCUUCUGAGCUGAAGAAGUUGUCCGUUGACCAUGAGUCAUUUCUCCUGCACGUCAGCUAGUGCAAAUGUCUGAGUCCUCGACCACUCAUGGCAAACCAGAGUUCUAGGACCUUUCUAUAGUGCCCUCUGCUGAGGCCCGUCCUCCACAGAACGCAGUAGGUCUAGAAAUGUAGCAGUGAGUAGAGAGCAGCUCCUGCGUUACAGAGCAUCUUCUGUAACGGCGGCCCAGGCUCUGGAGGCCUUCGGCUUUGAGAACUAAUGGAACAUAUUCAGGUGACAAAACCAUGUGUCCACUAUAUUUAUUUCUCUUAAAGACUUUCUAAAUUUUUGUUUAUGUUGGGUGUGGUGGCCACACCUUUAAUCCCAGUUUAUGUGGGCAUGGUGGCCACACCUUUAAUCCCAGAAAGGCAAAGGCAAGUACAUCUCCUGAGAGUUGUAGGCUCUGCUGGUCUGUGUGUGUGUCACAGGCAGGCAGGCCUACACACAGAUACAGAAAGACCUUGUGUCAGAAGACUACCCCACCUCCUAGAAAACUGUAUGUAGGUGUUUCCACUGUGUGUGUGUGUGUGUGUGUGUGUGUGUCACAGGCAGGCCUACACACAGAGACCUUGUGUCAGAAGACUACCCCACCCCUAAACAGUCCAAGUAAGGAGGCCAGAAAAGGGUGUUGGUUGGAUCCUCUGGAACUAUGGAGUUACUAUGGGUUCUAGGAAUCAAACCUGGGACCUCUGCAAGAGCAGCAAGUGCUCUUAACCACUGAGCCAUCUCUUGAGCCCCAUCAGUGUCUCUUUACAUCAGUAGACCAUCGGGCUGAUAAGAGCCAUAGUAAAGGAUGGUCUUUUGGAGUAGGGGGAGUGUCACGUCUGUGGCGGAAAUUACUUUUUGGUCUCUGAAAGCUGCUGUUUUUAGCCAGACCGAUUGAAUGGACUUAAGUGUUCAGGCUCCAAACUCUGCCUAAAACAAGACUUAAGACUUGCCGUCUGGCCCCUUACACAGUCCAUCCCUAGGCCUUUGAUGCCUCCUCUGGAAUACAUGCCCUGUUCAUGGAGGGCACAACUCCAAGGAAUCGCACUGUCACUGGGGCUUGAACCUUGCGCCUUACUCAUGCUAGAUAACUCAUGCUAGAUAGAUGCGCUCUCUUUACCUUUGAGAUGGAAUUGCUAUAAAUUGCCCAUGCUGGCUUCAAGUUUUCCAUCCCAGGCUCAGCUAAAAUUACAAAGGGUUGAGUCACCACACCCAGCUCUUAAGGUCUUUUAAAACUACAUUUAACUGAAGGGCUUGGUGCCUUUUGAUUAUAGCAGCUUGCUCAGCACAAACAGGCAUUUUUGAAAACAGGGUUUCCCUUCUCCCAAGACUGUUUACCAGCAAGACUCCAUAAGGAAUACUUCAUGAUCAGAAUGUGAUGUAACCCUGGAGUUUGGUUUAUGUAAUCAAUUAAUUUGGCACAUGUAACUGUCUCUCUCUCUUUUGGGGGGGAGGGAGAUUCAAGACAAGAGUUUCUCUGUGUAGCCCUGGCUGUCCUGGAGCUCAUUAUGUAGACCAGGCUAGCCUCGAACUCAAAAAAUACUCCUGCCUCUGCCUCCUAAGCGCUGGGAUUAAAGGCGUGUGUCACCACUGCCGGGCUCAUGUAAAUGUCUCUACAGCUUCCUCAGAGAUCCAGAUCUCAAAAUAAAGACUCAACUUUCUGAACUCUCAGGAUGCGUGCCAACAGUAGUAAUUUCCUGACUUAAAAGCUUAUCGGUUUUUAAUGGUGAAAAUCUUUUCACACUGAUAGAAAGUGGCGUCUUCCCUAAGUCCCACUUCUGAAAAGAUACAUGGCCUCUUCCCGGGGGGAGUCUGAUGGGGCCUUUCGUUUUCCAUCAUCAGUGCUAUGCGUCUGCUCUGCUGUGUUGUGGAAAGUACUGGGUGAUAAACCUACUCGCUGUGGCUGUUCUGUCUGAGAAGGAAACAGUUAGGUAGCCGAGGGCAUUACGGGCUAGUCCUGGGUGACGGCCGCCCACCUCCACCCCCAACCCCUAUGCAGAAGGCAUGCUUGUCACUUCUGCACUGCUUUGAUGCCACCUGCUUUGAGGCUGACAGGGUGCGCUGUCUCUGGUCACCCAGACUCAACCCUCUGCUCACCGGAAGAGACUCUGCCCUCUCUUGGAGUUGCGUGUUCCCGGCACUGUGCCUGCCUUCCUCUACAGCUGUUUACAGACAAGAUGGGCCAAGACUGAUGGCCACUGCUCUUGUAACCUUUGCUCAAAAGAAUAAUGAGCUUUUUUUUUUUUUUAAGAAAAAAAGGGAUGAUGUGUUUUUGUUCCAGGUGUUCAUAAUUUAAUCUUUUAAUAUUAUGUUCAUUAACCUCUUAAAAUGAGUGAAUUCUUGAUUGUUUAACACAGUACCUAAGACUAAUGCUUUCUGUGGACUCCUCACUAGGGAACCAGAGAACCACACCCCUGGUAACUGCUGUGAGCGCAGACACUAAGCUGCUUGUAUAUUCUAAAGGAGCAGGAGGACAGUUCUCUGAGACAGGAGGAACAGUGGCCUUGCUUCUAGACGGUCUUCACUGUGUGUUUUCAAAUGACAUAAAACUCUCGACAUGUAUAACUUAAAAAUCAUAAGCAUCAGGCAAUAAUAUUUUCUGUGUAAGCUUUUAAAAUUAUUUUUGGGGAUCAUAGCUUGUUUUAUUUUGUGCUAUAAAAUUAACAGUAUUAAAUGACUUAUAUUCUUAGAAUACAUUGAGUGUCUUUUCUUAACAGAUUAGUGCCUUUUUAUUUUUGUAUUCCAUUUUACGUUACUGGUCCCAGCAUCAAAACCCUUGUUUCCAUGGCCUGUUUGUACAUUGUCUCAAUAAAACGUGCACCAGCCGGCAGUGGCAGCA